UGAGAGUCUCAGGCCACAGUUGUCUCAAUCCCACAGACCAAGCAGUCCUUAAUGGACAGGCAAGGCAGACCUCCUCUCACCAGGAGAGAGAAGAAAAGCUCUUGGGAAAUCCAUCGCCCUUGCGAAGGCUUCAAACCAACCAAGCAUUGAAAAGUUCUGUACACAGCUUAACACACUUACUGAAAGCAAGAACACAGGUUUCCUGUGCCUCCAGCUUCCUGCUACAAGUAACAAGUGUGUGUAGACUGCUCAAAUAUGUCAGAGACUUCCUCCCACGACUCCUUCUAUGAUUCCUUAUCAGACAUGCAGGAAGAGGGCAGAAGUGCUGACUUCUUCCCAGGCCUCUCUGCUUUCCUCAGCCAGGAAGAAAUAAAUAAAAGCCUUGACCUGGCACGCAGAGCUAUAGACAACUCUGAAACUGAAGAUUUUGACUCCGAAAAGGAGAUCUCGCAGAUUUUCAGCAAGUCUCCUACGAGCCUCUGCGAAACUCCUUCCUAUGAGGAGAAGAAAUCAGGCGAGCAGACUUCCUCAGAAGGACCUCGGGAUAAUAGGCGAGCAUCUGUCCAGCCUCUAGCAGAACAAGCUGAAAGGAUCACUUCCCCGGCGGCUUCAAAGAGAAAACCUGGGGUAUCACCCCUGCUGGCCAGCCCCAGCUACAUCCGGAGCCUACGCAAGGCUGAAAAACGAGGUGCAAAAGUUCCCAAUCCAAGUGCAAAGCCCAAGGCUGCCCAGCAAAGCAAGACUGGCCCCCAGAGCCAACUGUGCGACAAGGCAGCUAGUUUCAUCGAGGAACUGACGUCCAUAUUUAGAGAGGCAGCCAAGCCAAGAAACAGAAGCCCUAAUGGUGAGUCCUCGUCACCAGACAGUGGGUAUCUGUCUCCUAAAAAUCAGCCAUCAACCCUGAUGAGUGCCUCAGCCAGCCAGAGCCCCACUGCAGACCAGCUAGACCAACUCGAGAUGGACGCAGAGGUCAAGCAACCCCAGGGCAGCCUUUGCUACCAGGCCCACAAGGCUCCAGAAGAGACCUUGCCACACACUCACAUCCCGCACCCACAGCCCCAGAAAGCCCGCCACUUGCCAUCAUCUGCACCUCGCUUCAUCCAGAAGCUGAGGAGCCAAGAAGUUGCCGAAGGAAGCAGAGUUUAUUUGGAGUGUAGAGUCACUGGAAACCCAGCUCCCAGAGUCAGAAAGAAUGGAGUGGACAAAGUCAGCCACGUAAGUCAAAACAGCCGUUUUACGUGCAAGCUCACCCACGCGUCGCUGGCCUUGGUUUCUUACUUUACAAUCAUCGCUCAGAAGAAAGCAUCGGGAUGAUUCACAAGCUCACCCUGUCAGUUUUUACUGUAAUGUUUGAUAUUUUUAAGAAAUGGACAGCAGGGGGCAGUAAAAACCUUCUUAAUGGGUCUUUCAGCCGCUGUGUUCUUGUGUUCUACGUUUAUGUGUUUCUUUCAGAUUCUAUUUUGUUUUUUUAAAACCCACGGAUUUUAGGAGCAAAUACUCGGUGAGAAAUAUAUUCAUAUGCAAAACAGUGUUACUGAUUUUGAAGCUUCGUGGUUCGAUUUACAUUUAUGUGCAAAAUAGCCUCUUCCAAGUGUAAUUCAGUGGUGAAUGCAUAACUUGUCAAAACUGACCGAAAGCACUCCACUUAGCACCAAAGGACCCAAUCAAAUGAGCAGGCCAGGAUCCCUUAUUAAAGUUCAGUUAGUUGUCUGGUAACAUAGGGAAGCAUCAAAAUCAUGCUUGGGCUUCUUGGGGACAGUAGGUUUAGACAUUUAGUUAGUAGCAUAGUAUUGUUAGUUAUUUUCAAAGUACUAAAAUCAAUGACCGAUGUUCGUUAGAUAUGGUAAACAGUCAUUAAAUCUUCGGUAAAAAAUAUUCCAUUGUCCAUUCUCCAGUUAACUGGCCAUUUUGUAUCCUUUAGGGUUCAUUUUUGUUUUAAUUUGCUUUAAGAAGAAGGAUAUAAAUCUACAAUGAGGCCAGGAGUUUUGUUUUCAUUCCUGUUGAGAGAUCUUGGUCACCUUGAUCAUACAUUUGGAAGUACACCAAACUUCAUGAUCAUUAAACUUUAUUGACCACAUGAGACAUGUGAUGGAUGGUCCUAGUGGAGAAUCUUCUGUGAAGACAAUUUUGUGUCAGGAAGAAAACCUUUAAUAAAACAGUGCUCACACGGGUACAUGAGAAACUGGCUCAGCUUGCGUCAGUCCAGGGACACUGGCCUACACAUUAGCGACACCUAGUUCAUUGGCAGGAUCUAGAAGUCGUUGAUUGUCUUAGGGAGAGGAAGGGAGUGUCAAGGAAUCUGAAGCAAUCAGUGGGCAAAAGCCCAAGAGAUACUGCUUGGCAAACACAGAGACACAUAGUAUUGGGCAGUUGGCAGCUUUCCUAGGAAGGGGCAGGGUGUGGCUGGGUGGGGGGCAGACCAGAGAAAAGAAUGCACUGUUGGCAGGUAUGGCAGCAGGUGGUGAGAUCCUGAGGGACUAGAACACAGGGAGAAACUUCACUUGUCAAUAGUAUAUGCAAGCAAGCAGCCAGACCAGGGUUCCAGGAGGACACAGGAAGAGCACAAGGAAUUUGCAUUCAGCUCUGAUGAAAUGAGGCCAACGUUUAGUGACUGCCUUUGUGCUGGAGCCAGGAUGAACGAACAACUUCCUACAACAGCAUGGCUAGGCUACUUACUGCUAGCUUAGAGAUCCUUAAAGAAGGCCAAAACCGAGGCUGCUCCAAAGCCUCAGACCAGACUUGGUAGCACAAGCCUUUAAUCCCAGCACUAGGAAGCAGAUAGAUCUCCUUUGAGUUCAAGGCCAGACUGGUCUACAUAGUGAGCUUCAGGCCAGCCAGGGCUAUAUGGUGAGUCUCUGUCUUAAAAAGAUCAAAACAGAAGAAAACCCUGGGUAUCGUCAAACUAAUAAAUUAGAUAAAGGAGCUCCAGUUAAAAGGAGGAAUGGGAGGAACAGUAAUGAGAAGGCAGGCCAGUCAUUUCAUGGCAUUCCUACUUUAAACACGCUGUUCCCACUGGUGCAAUGUGAAAGCAAUGUUCUUUCCCUCCUUUAUUCUUACUUCUCCAGACAAAAAUCUCAACCAUUAAAGGAAAGAGAAGUUGUGUGUACGUAGCAUUAAAAUUGUAUAUAAGGGUCAGGAGAGAUGGCUUAGAGGUUAAGAGCACUGACUGCUCUUCCAAAGGUCCUGAGUUCAAUUCCUGAAACCACAUGGUGGCUCACAACCAUCUGUAAUGGGAUCCGAUGCCCUGUACUGCUAUGUCUGGAGGGAGAGGCAGUGUACUCAUAUACAUUAAAUAAAUAAAUCUUUAAAAAAAUAAAGAAAAAUUGUAUAUAAGUUAUUUCUUAACAAUUUUAGCUUAAAAUUUUUCAAGAUUUUUUUAUUUGUGAUUGUGUUCUUAUGCUGCUGAAUGUGUGUCUCUGUAAGUGUAUGUGCACAUGUGUGUGCAGUUGCCCCCUGGGCCAAAAGACAGCAUUAAAACCUUCUGGGCCAUUUGAUGGGAUGUGAACUCUGAUCCUCCUGAUUGAGCCGCAAAUACUCCUAACCUCUGAGCUGCUUCUCCAGUCUCAUACAAGUUGAAUUAUUACAUCAUCUGUUUCUCUAUUCUGUCCUGUCCUAAUGGUGCUCCUUUCUCAGCCUUCAGAGGAGCAUGGGGGUGGACACCACUCACCGUCCUUGGUCCUCUGCACUCUCGAGUGGAUAACUAGUUCAUAGAAGGUUGUGGUAUAUACCUAUAAUCCUAGCACUGGGAGGAUAGAGGCAGAAUGAUCUUGAGUUUUAGAUCAGUCUGGACUAGAUCUGAGUCUAAAUUUAGUCCCAAAACAACAUGAUUUUGUUAUUAUAAAAGGAGUCUUCCUCCUCCUUCUCCUCUUCUUCUUCCUCUUCCUCCCCUCCUCUUAUUUGUUCUUCUGCAACAGAGUGCCACUAUGUAACCCUGGCUGACCUGGAACUCACUAUGCAGGGCUACAUAGGACCAGACUGACCACAAACUCAGAGAUUCAUCUGUCUCUGCUUCCUUGGUGCUGGAAUUGAAGCAUAUACCACCAGACCUGACCCAGUUUCUGCAUUUAAAAAUAUUUUUAAUGGAACUUGUAUCUUUUAAACCACUUAAAUUUAAGAGGCCCUAGAUAUGAAACUGUACAGUGAUGUAUCAAAUAGUAAAAAAAAAAGUUAAUUAAUCACAGAGCCUAGAAUGUAAGUCAGGUGGUUUUAUUCCAUAUCAUUCGGUCUCAUCCAUAAGAAGGUCCCGCCACUGUCCUUCUUACUGAACUGCUGUGUCUGGUUCAGUGGCAACCUCCAGAAGUAGAGAGGAGGAAAUCAUAUUCCAAAUACUUUCAAAGAGAUGGUGGCGUGAUAUUUUCUACACAAAGAGAUCCAUAGUUCCUCAUGAUUGUGUCUCUUUCUCUUCAACCCAUUAAUGAUCAUCAGUCAGCACAAAUGUUAAAAGAGCCUGCAUAUUCUCUGCAUAAUAGCUGUAAAGAAAUCUAAGUCUUCUAGUUGUGAGCAGCGAUCUACACACUUUCAUAUUCAGAAAUAGUAAGGUGAAUGCCUACAUUUAUGAAAGGGAAAAUACUUUCAAAUACUCAACUACUGAAGUAAAAAGGAUCCAGCAUACACUUUAAUAUUCCAGACACGGUUCCUCAAACAGAUGCCUAUUAGGCCAUACUUACCAGUCUUGUAAAGUUUUAUUUAAUAUAUGUAAUUGCAAUUAAUUAAAUUCUUUUUAUAAUUAAAACUCAGCACCUUCAGUGCUCCACAUAGUUUACAUGAGCAAGACCUUGAUCCUCAUCAAAACAAAGCAAUGAGAGUAUCCAUAUGAAAUCAAUACAGCACUGUCUGUGGACAUUUAUGUUCCCUAAGGAUAAUCAUAAUAAAUAAAACAUACCAUGGAUAUUUAUCUUAGUAAGACCAUCUGUAUGGACUGUGGUGGUUUGGGACAAUAUGGCAGUCACACCAAAGCCAGUAGAUUAUAAAUGUGAAUAUACACAUGGCUUAGCCCAAGAUUAUUCCAAGAAUAGCCAACAUUGAGAACUCUACACGCCACCAGAUUAUCAAAAUAAAAAUAAUCGACAAUUACAUUUGGUGUUACUACAAUAUGACACAUGGUUAUACGUAAUUUGGAGCACAGUUUUAGGAUAAGCAGUGCAUUUAAGAUGUACACACAUGAAGCCUUUACAUAACAUCUCUGUAGAGAUCUAAUGUAAAGUGUCAAAACUUCCUUUCUAGAAGUUCUAGAAAAAAUUAUCGCAGUCACCCUUGAGUGUGCUUGUUCUCAACCCCAUCUCUGGUCCAUCCAACAAUCUCCCUUUCAGAUCUCCAAACUGGGAUUCUUCAUUCCGUCACCUCCAGUGUGCUCCCCUCCAAGCUUCAAGCUCUCUCUCAGAUACUAGCACUGCCCUCUGAUAGACUUCCUUGGGCCUACAUUUGUUCAUCCAUGUCCCCAUGACUCCCAUCAGAGUCCUUUUCAGUGAACUGUCAUCAUAGCACUACAUGCAGUGACUUUUUAUAUGGAAUAAAGUGGAAUAAAAUACACUGUCCUGGCAGAUCCUAAUAAGGUCUCUUCUGUUUGAUUUAUCCCAGCUUCUUACCACCGAAGAGUCCACAUCAGCCUAAGGGACCUUACUGCACCUCCUUCAUAGGGGCCCUCUGUGCCUUCUGCUCUUUCUCCGUGGAAUGUUCUCUCUUCAUAUUUUUCCAUAAAGUAUCUUUGGGGUAUGUCUUGCUAUAUCUACCCUAUGUUAAAAGGGGGUGGAGAGAGGUCCUGCCCAUACCGCACAAUUGUAGUAUCUGGCAGUUUUCUCCAUAAACUUUUAUGACAUACUGUGGAUUACUGGUUCAAUUUUACUAUCCAUUUCCUUCAACAGAAUUAAAAAUCCUUGAGUAUAAGGACCUACCUUUUUUUUUCAUUUAUUGGUGUCUGAGAUCUAAAAUGGCAUCUGACAUCUAAUAUGUGAUCAAUAAAUACAUGUUGAAUAACUCUGGGAGUAAAUUCCACUCCAAGGUGGAAGAAAAUGUUGCCCUGGUGUUCUCAAUAAAACUGGAAAAGCUAUAAAAGUAAGUGAAUAAAUUAAAUCAAGAUAUAUACAUAAUGAAUAAACCAGAGGUGAAUUUAUCAGAUCUGAAACUCAAAAAUAAAAUACCAAUUAAGAGUAAGCAAGUUAAAAAGAAGUGCACAGGGCUGGAGAGAUGGCUCAGCCGUUAAAGGCUAGGCUCACACCCAAAAAAAGAAGUGCACAGUGGCUCAGUUAGCAAAGUGCUUGGUUAACAUGCACAAAGCCCACGGUCUGAUACCAAGCACCUGAAAAUGAGCAAAGAAGCCAACAAACACUCGAACAGUGGAAGCAGGGGCCUUAUCCAUUCAUAGCAAAAGGGGGAUUGAGGACAGCCUGGCCUCGUGAAUAUACACAACUAGCAUGAAUAAAUGGUUUUCUUAAAGUUACUUUCUAAAACAACACCAUCUUAAGCCUACUGAGGUUGUCAGAAUACAAACUAGUACACAAGAAUGUCAAAUGUUACAUUAAAUAUGCCAGUAACCACAGAGACAAAGAACCAAGGGGCUUCGGUUGUGGUCACAGCAUAACCUUAAAAGCAUUGCCUUUUAUCUUCCUUUACCAUCUAUACUAUCUAUGCACUGGUACUGUGCAUAAUUUAGUACAGAAAAACCACCCAGAAGAGCCAGGUGCAUAUAGCUCAGUGAAAAAUCAUCUGCCCAGCACAUUCAAGGCCCUGGAUUCAGUCCCCAGUACCAGAAGAAAACCAUCAUUAAAAACAUCUUGACGUCUCUAGUAACAUGAAUUGAAUAGGGUGGAUCUUAGUCAUUUUCCAUUAUAAGUUAUUUGUUAACCACUUUUCUGGGUUGUGUCAGUGAUAUUUUAGGACUUUAAAAAUCACUUUUUUGUUUUGAUUUUGUUAUGUUCCAAUAAAAUAUUAUGUUUUCAGUCUUAUGGCAAAGACCUUUAAUGAAAUAGUCUACCCAGGUUUUUGGCUACAGAAGAUACAAGAAAAAGUCAAAAUGUAGACACUUGAAUUCAUGCACGUGUGUGGAGUUUCUUACUCUUUUGUUAUUGAGUUCUUUUUUUCUUCUCCACAUGGGCCUUUUUGUGUAACAAAUGUCAAGAAAUGUUCCCUAGAACAACAAAUUACUGUUGAACUAGAAACCAAAAGAUCUCAGCAAUGGAGUAGUGCCCUUCGGUGAUGUGGAAAUGGAACCUUCUCUCUGCCUUCUCCGGACAUACUUGUCUGUGCCCCACAGACUAAAAGUGUAUGGUGGUCUGCUUGAUGCUCUGUCUUCCUUCCCACACCUCUGUUCUUUCUCAAUCCACUUGUCUCCAGUACCUGCCCACUUGGAAUUCUUCCUUUAAAACACUGGGUUUAUCUCUAUGGUAGUUUAAACAGAAGGCUAUCAUUGAUCAGACUGUUGAAUCUUUUGCUUCAGAUCUUGAGAAAAUGGAGUUGCUCUGUAUUGCUGACACAGGAGGUAUCAGACCUGUUGGCUGGAAUUGCUGUUUCAUAGUUUGAACAUUUACAGAUGGCCAGUUGCUACCUCACCUCCUUUCCGGGUUUCAUUUCCUCUUCCCGGGCAGCACCAGGGUGUGUGACAAGCACAUUCAUGAUAUCCACCAUAAGGCUGCUCACAAUGCUGUUUCGGGGAGUCAAGAAGCAAGCUUCAAGGCCUGGAAGAUGGCUCGGAAGCAAAGGCAUUUACUGUCAAGGUUGAUGAGACCUAAAUUCAACCCAAAUGAUGAAGCAGAGAACCAAUGGCUACAGUUUGCCCAUUGACUACCACAUGAACAAUGUGGUACAUGUGCAGCUGUGCAGGCAAGGAUCUUCACAUGCACACAACACUAUAUAGAUGAUGAUGAGGAGGAGGAGGAAGAGGAGGAGGAGGAGGAGGAGGUAGAGGAGGAGAAGGAGGAGGAGGAGGAGGACGAUAUAGAUGAUGGAUGGAUGGAUGGAUGGAUGGAUGGAUGGAUGGAUGGAUAAGUAGGUAGGCAGGUAGAUGACAGAUAGAUAGAUAGAUAGAUAGAUAGAUAGAUAGAUAGAUAGAUAGAUAGAUAGAACAUUAAAUAAAUAAAAAGCAACCUCUGUGUUCAAGAAGAAGAAGUAGUAUUACUGCAUUGAGGAAUUUUUGUUGAUGAAAACUGUCAUUGAUAUCAGUCAUCAAUAGCAGGAACCAAACUGGGAAUUCAUAUCAAUUUAUCUCUCAUUGGGCAAGUUUCCAUAGUUGACAAGAAAACAAAUAAACAAACAAUCAUUAAAGUAAAUUCACCUAAGAAAUAAAGACAUGUAUAGCGAAUCCCUUCAGAAUUAAAAAAUUGGCUUGAGAAAAAAAAACCUGUCAAAACAGCUGAGUACAGUAGAUUGUAGAGUGAGAGAAAUUCUGGUUAUGCCAUGUAUCAGAUAGGCAACUUGGUAAGUUUAAGCUUUCAUGCCUCAAUAGCCUUCCUAAUAAAAUAAAAUAAUGACCGUACAUACUUAUAGGGCAGUGUUUAGGUCAACCAAGACAGAUAAAGAAUUUAAAAUUGUGUUGGGCAUGCAGUAAUAUGCUAACAUAUAUUAACAUCUCACUUGUAAAGUUAUUUUUUAGUGGUUUCUUUGGAACUGGAGAGAUGACUAAUUGGUUAGUAGUGCAUGCCGUAUAAUCAUAAGGACCAGAGUUUGGGCCCCAGCACCCAUAUGACAAGCCAGGAGUCCCACCAACACCUGUAGCUACAAUUCUGAUGAACUCAACACUGUGGGUACAGCAUGUAAGUACAUGCACAUGUGCACACGCACACGUGCACACACACACACACAUGUGCACACACACACAGAGAGAGAGAGAAUAGUCACACACACACACACAAAAUACAAUAACAUAAUUUAUUAAAUAAAUAUUUUAAAAAGUUCUUACUUUUAUUACUGUUGAUUUGGUAUAAGAUCCCCCAUAUUCUAUCUGCUCAAAAGUCAUUGUUCUUCUUUUCUGUCUUUAAAAUCUUUGCACUUCAAUUUCCAUUUUUAAAUCCUAAGCAUGCACAACACUAUGGGGAUAAUGGGAAAAAACUGCCUCCCUCAGCAGUAUAGGACAAACAAUGAGCUUGUAAGAAUCACAAACGCAUGCUUAAAGGCAUUUCCUUGUCUAUUUCCUCAGAAUCCUAGGUUUGCCUAUCAGGGUCAGACUCCACUAAGAAUUCCCUGGAGUCACUGUGUCGAGUCUCUGUAUAUUUCUACUUUCUAGCAACUUUUACUUUACUUGGCCUUCCGUUUCUUUAUGGCUGUGGGGGAUGGGAAUCAAGUCAAGAAAAAGGGAUUUCUUCCAAUCCCCCACACACACCUAAUGGUCUCUCCAUCCUCUUGCUCCACCCUUCAGAGCUGUGGAGGUCAGCCAUGUAUCGGGACUUACAGUCAUUGUGGAAAACUUUCCUGACCCAGGCCUCUUGACUAUUGUUUUCUUGAGCUUCUUUAAAUUGUCCCUUCAUUUCCUCAGCUUGUCUCAGAGGUACCCGUUAAAUAUUUGCUAAAGUCCAUUGAAAGUAGCUUCCCAACACUUUGCUCCUUGUUUUUGUAUUCCAAUAAUUUUAGCAGGAAGGAAUCGUUAAAUAAUUUGAAUAACAAAUAUACACUUUUCCCAAGCUGGGCAGGUUGGCUUUGAUUUUGUACUGUCUUGCUUAAGUAUUAGAAAAUACAGCAAAAUGCUCACAAGGAAAUGAGUGAGCCUCUGCACACUUAAUGGUACAAAAUCGUAGUUUCCCAAGAACCUGACUGUGAAGUUUCUGCUGCUUCCACAGCAAGAGCUGCUCAUGCUUUCAAGUCUUUCCUAUGACGCUGAUUUCAUUUCUUCGUGACCUGCUUCUUCAUUUGCCUGGGGCAAUGCCUCACUAUGAAGCUCGCAGUGUGUGCACGUAUAAUUACAGCUAUUACAAGCUCUCUGUAAACACCACAUUCUUUUGACUGUUAGGAAUGACAUUAUAAAUGUAACUGUGGCAAAUAGAAUUAUGCCUGAAACCCACCACGGCUUGCUGCGUUUAAAGCAAGAUGCAAAACUCUCCUUCUCAUUGGCGUAUUCAAAUGGCGUGUUGCUAUAGGAAUACUUUUCCUGCUUCAUUUUAGUUCUUUGAGCCAAAAUUUAGUGAUAUGUUGAAUAAUCUGCUGGAAUAAAAGUGAACCACUAGCCACCUGUACACUGAUAGGGAAACGUAACUGCCAGCAUUCCAUGACAGAAAAGUCACAAACGCACAGGAAGUCACUUUGUUCUCUUCUGUAUGAGUCCCAACAGUGAAGGCUACCUCUGUAUAGCUGCAUAUGCUCUCAGCAGCCAGUGUCUAGUGAGUCUGUAAUCAUCAGCCCCAAAGCAUAACCAAGGACACCAUAGGAAAUAAGGUUUCUUCCUAAGGGGACGGCAUUGAACCUUGGCUGCCAGAAUUGGAAAAGUGUAUCUUGAGAGAGAAAGAGCUUUGGGGAAAGGGUCUGACAGUUAAUAGAGGAGAAUGUUCCAAAAAGAAGGUAGAAGGACAAGGAAGAGAAAACAGGGAAAAGAAAAGAAAAAUGUUAAUUAUAAAAAAGAAAACUCCCGUUAUAUUAAAAUGGAUUCUUUCUUUAAAAGAAAGAGUUUCAAAAUCAUUUUUUACCAGCAUAGAGGUAAUUCCAGUCUGCAUGUUGAUUGCUUCUCUAAAAGCAGAUGCCUAUGGAUGGCUUCCUUCCAUUCCCCAAGGCAACAUCAAGGAAACCCGAAAAAGAAGGGCACCAUGAUCAAUGAUUUCAUGGUCCUCCUUAGAAAAUGUCAUACCGUGUGCACCCCUGGCCAACUCAGUAUUGACACGAGGGAGCAUCAACAACAUUUUUACUGGUAGAAUAAACACAGUUGAUGCAGCUUUGGGGAGCAGAGCAAUGGUGCCAUGGGCCAGGCCUCGUUCGCUCGCUCUCUCACAAACAGAGCAGUAAUGCCAAGAACAGAAUAAAUAUGAUUUGUAAUCCAGCAUGGUACUAUUUAACUCUUAUAUUCCAUUGCCAGCGUUUUAAUUAGGAACGCACUGGCCUGUGUUAGCCAGAACCCUGCUACAUGGAAUUACUCUGUGUGCCAAGGGUAAGGACAAGUCCUCAUCACUGCCUGGAAUACAGUUGGGAAGGGCCAUUGCAACAAUGACAGCAUUUAGUUCCAUGAUUGUGGACAGGCUUUUGCUAUGAAAGACCACUAUGACUCCAACACAAGACGGUAGCUUUUACGACACAAAUAACUUUAACCUUGGACAGGUAGCUAUUGGAAGGAAGAGACAAGAUUAAAGAAACUGUCUUCUGCACCAUGUAUGAGCAUUGUUAACAUGGGGAGUCACUGAGCAUAUCAAGACGAUAGGUAACCUCCGAGUUGGCAGAAAUAAUGUCAGGUGCCAUGGGGGAGUGGUCAGGUAAGCAAGGAGAGUCUCUCAAAUGCUGUUGUGUCCCUCUGGGGACAAUUUCACUAACUAGAAGUAGACACCAGUCCUUUGUACACAGUCAGCUUUGUGACAUCCCAACCAAAUCAUGUCUACUCCAGAUUUUAACAUUUGGGUGAAAUGUUUAAUAGAAGUAGAUUGGAGCCUAUGGUGUGACUCUAUUUUGCCAUUUCUUAAUGGAACCUACUAAUGUACCACCUCAUUAAAAAGUCACCAGUCUUACUUCUAUAGGAAAAACAAUAGUUUAAACAUCAAGUACCCCACACAAAAAAGAACAAGUGUCAUCCCUCCAGUGUGAGAGCUGUUGUAUUUGGAUUGAUUUUUUUCCAAACCCUAACAGGUUAUUGCAAGACAAAUAAUGAAUCUGUUAACGAGGCGUGUCUGUCUUACUACAAAUCAAAGCAAUUUUAUAAGCACUGUAUCAUCUAUAAUAUAUACCUGCAAGAGUUAUGUUACCAAUUAAAAAAAAAGCUUACUACAUCCCUAGUCCCUUUCAUCUUCAAGUCUGAAAAUCUGAACAUUGAUUGGUCCACUGUACCAUUGCACAAUGCCUUUAGCUCCUUGGAAUCUGAAGGUGCGUUUCCAACAAGGUCUAAACACGGCUCUCUGCCUUCCAGCUGCUUCCCACACAACCUCAGGUGUCCGGACACCAUGUUCUGGAAAGACAAGGCUAGUUCUUAGCUACCUUAGGUUCAAACUGGAUUCUGUGGCCCCAGCAGCUUCUAGACUCUACAUGGGGUCUUCCUCAAGUUCUCAACUGUCACACAGGUGUUUUUUCACUCCUUCCUUUGAUAGGUUUCUGGCUGUCAGAUUUUGAUAAAUCAGAAAAAGAUUAAGCCCAACCAAAGCCUGUCUUUUAUUACAGUUUGCUCUGGUUGAAGCAUGCAAUUUUCUCACUCAUAGCCAUGGAAUUAGAAUAAACUAUGGUCCAAACUGUAAGAGCAGUUUGUUUUGCCUCCCCUCUCCUCAUUGGCAUUGUAACCAAGGCCUGUUUCCCUGACACUUAUAAUUUUCUUCCUCCUCUCCUCCUCCUCUUCCCCGUCCUCCUCCUGCUUCUGUUAGGCCUGCUUACACUCCAGGUAUGUUUAUAGAAACAGAACUUGGUUUUCAUUUUCUUUAUUCCAGCAUGACAUAUAUCUGAACUAAUCAUCUGUGCUUGAGAUGACAAACAUGAGAGGUAGCGACUAGGACGCUAGCACCUGACUGUGUUCUCAGGGCCUUCCCUACAUGGAUAUAUUUCAUCAGUUGGAUAGAGUAAAUGUAUCAUAGAUGAUCAGAGUGGUAAGGGAGACACGAGUCGGAGGUUAUGAAACUACAGGAGACCACUGAAGGCUCCAAGAAGGGACUCAGAAAGAGACAAGGUAGAAGGUUAGAAGCAGAUGACAUGAAAAAGUGUUCUGAGAAGAAAUGAAGAAGGCCAAGUUGGAAAUGGCUGAGUGCUAGAGACCACAAUGACAUCUAUAUCCCAAGUGUUUCCAGACCAAACAUGUCAGGAAAAGAAAUCAGCAAGCGAGAGUUUCCCCCUUUGCCAGCCGCUCCUGGCAUUAGUCUGAGCUACUCCUGCGCAUGUGGUUGUGCGACCACGAUAACAAACAUUUAAUAUUGACAUGACAGCAAUCAUUCUGAAGGGGCAUGAGUCACGUUUUAAAAGAUGCUAAUAGGAUUAGCGUAAUGAACUCGGGAUUGCUUCCUUAUGAUUCUGCAGAUGGGUACUGCAGGGAAUGAAGAGAAUGCCUAGUGGUGUCUCUUUCCGUUUGCCUUCAUAAAGCCAUUCAUAACAGCUCAGAAAGAAAAUUCAACAGAGAUCCCUUUGGAUCAGGCUGACACAACACUGUAUUAGGAUUAUUAAAUCCAAGUCCAGCCGUAUGUUAUUUAAUAAUAGGGAUGCACUCUAAGAAGCAUGAUGAUUUUGGUAUUACACAAGCAUCUCAGUAUGUUGGCACAGUUCAGAUGGCAUAGAUCAAUGCUGUGGUGUGGCCCUGAUCUGUCUAAAGGAUGAUCUACAGUGGCUGUCAUCUUCUGGUUUGAAAUGAAUAGUAUAGCACGUACAUAAAAGCUAAAGUAACAAUGAAUAUCAAGAGCUGGAUAGAUACCAAAAUAUUACCAAGUCAGGUGCUCAGAAUAUUCUGCAGAAAUACUAAGAAACACUCUCUAAGGGAGCCAGCUGGAGUCCCUAGUAGAGAAUCCUGGGCAAAGCAGGUGUCCCCUUGGUUGGGGCUCCCAAGUGAAAAAACUAAUAACAGUAUGUAGAGGUAACACCAUCAAACUGAGUGCUGGCAAUGCCUAACACAAAUGGACUGGGGAAACUGAGUCAGCCAGCUGGCCUUCCCCACUGAGGAGGUGCUCCCUACUCUUGCUAGUGAGCUUCCCAAGACUGAAGUGCUCAUUCCUCUCUGCCAUGCAGGCACAGGGACUGGGGUGAGCAGCCAUAAGUUUUGUUAGGAAUGCUUUCCUGUUCGGCUGUUUUCAACGAUGAUAUGUUUCCACUUACGCUUCUUUUUUUUUAACUUUUUGUCCUUCUGUCACACAAUGAGGGGGACCAGCCCCAAACAAUAUGCUUGGAAGACAUUUAGAAUCAAACAGGAUCAGAUCUGAAACAGGGAAGGGAGCAACUCUAGUUUCCAGAACCACUUUCACAGUGGGUUUAAACAACACAGGGCAAUUUAUCUGUAUAUAUUGCAGGCCUCUUGAUGUAAUUGUAAGAUAUGAGGCGGCUGACAACAUAACAUGACAUACUAUUUUACAGGGAAGUUUUUUAAAAACUUAAUUUGAAAUUAUGUGUGUAUGUAUGUCUGUGUGUAGGUAUGUGUGAGUACAAAUGCCCGAAGAGUCAUCAAGUCCUUUUGGCUAACUCUAUAGUUAUAAGCAGUUACAGCCACCUGACGGCACGGGUCCUGGGAACUGAACUUGGGUCCUCUGUAAGAGUAGUGUGCUCUCUUAAUGACUGAGCCAUCUCCCUAGCCCCACUGUGAACUUCUUAUAUGUACAUGUAAGAAGAAACUUGAAAAAGUGCCUUAAUGACCAGAAAGAUGAUGCAUCUUGUACAGGCAUUUACUGCCAACCCUGAUGACCUGAGUUCCAUCCUUAGGAGUCACUGGUAGAAGGACAGAAUGGACUCCCAAAAGAUGUCCUUUGACCUAUACAUGGGCAUAGCUGAACACACAAACAAACAUAAAAAUCCUGAAGUUGUAACAUGUAUUUAUUGACAUAAUCAAGUAUUAGGAUAAGUAAGUAAUUCCGUGCGCUAGCUGUUCUUUGACGUGACAGGCAGAAUGGUCAUUUGUUUACACAGUGUCGUCACAAGCAUGCCAGUAUGCAUGGUGCUGCAUUAUGACAACUGUAAUUAGUGUCUUAGGGCCACAGAAGUUCGUAGCUGCAUUACAAGUUUAUAGAACCACCAUUACAUACAAGCAAUCUGUUAUCUAAUGAGAUGUCACUGACAAGAGCAUUACUGCACUUCAUGGCUCACCUAGAACUAAGACAGGAGGGCUGCACAAGGUGAAAGUCAUCCUAGCAUUUGUGCUAAGUUCAAGGCACCCUCAAAACAAACAGAAAUAUCCAUCAACUAAUCUGAGGAUCCAUACAUUCUCUGUAAACACUUUUUGCUCCAUGAUACCCUGACUGAUCGACUUUCACAGUCCUCUACAAAGUUGUCUCCACUCUUCUUGCCCUGAGAAGUUCUUCCGCCUAGACAACAUCAGCAGACAUCUGUAGGCCUGUGGUUGCGUGGAGCCCUUCAGACCCUGAACAAACUAAAGGGAAGGGAACUUGGGAUAUUUAGUAUAUCACAUUUUUUUAUGGAAACGGCGUGUGUGCAUACAGUUUAUUUGGGGUGAACCAAGGGCUAUAUAUAUGAAGCCUGGAGAGCAGGAAGUGGUUCUUCUUAGGUUGGAGUUUCAUUUGGUGAGGCUUAUGAUUCUGGAGAUAGCUCAUUUUCAGAGAAGCAUUCCAGGAAGCUGAACCCAGAAUCUCCCAAGGCUUACCUGAAAUUCCCUAGGUAGAAGAUUCAGGUUGGGCUCCCCAGAUCAGGCAGAGAAGAGGAAGCCCUGCUAAGAAAAUGGAUUCCUUUUUUCACUGAGCUCAGGAAAGCUAUCAACAUGGUAGACUCAAGCUUUAGUAGCGGGUUCCUGAGAUUGAACUCUGAUUAUGCGCCUUGGAAAUAGGUGCCCUUUACCUGUUCAGCCACCUUACCAGGCCAGAAACCUGCAUUUUAAAAGUUGGGUUUUGUGUGUGUGUGUGUGUGUGUGUGUGUGUGUGUGUGUGUGUGUGUGUGUGUGUUUGUGUGUGUAAG